AUGGAAAGGGAUGAACAUUACCACCCUACUAGUUGUCCCGAUCCCUUCAAGGAAAUGCGCUAUUGGGCGCAAAAACAAUUGGGCUCGACGUAUUCCUACACUCUUUGGCUCGCCUGUGACACUCUAAGCAACAAGUUUGUGAUCCUCAGAGUACACAAAACUGCACAGCAUUACAAUACAAUGGCAUGGAAGGAGAUUGGGGUUCUUGUGGAUAUAGCAAGCAAAAAUGGCGAUGCCCAUGUAGUUAAAUUGCUUGAUUUCUUCACGCACAAUGGACCAAAUGGAGCCCAUGUGUGCAUGGUCUUCGAGCUUAUGGGAGACAACUUAUUAGAGCUAGGGAAGCAUUAUGAUUACAAGGGUAUUCCUUUGAACAUGGUAAAAGGAAUCUGCUCUAGUGUUUUGGGAGGACUUGACUAUUUGCAUCGCCAACAUUCUAUAAUUCACACGGGUCUCAGCCCAGAAAACAUUGUUUUGCCUUUCACCGCUGAACCCACUGGAUAUCUUAGUAUGUCUGGUGUUCCAAUCCUCCUUCCCCAUACAGCAAAUUCUGAUCUUAAAUGCAAGAUUGCAGGGUUGAGUAAUGCUUGCUGGACCCACAAGAACUUGUUGAGCGAUAUUCAAAGUUGUGGGGCUUACACAUGUCCCGAGAUUCUUCUUGUAUCUGAAUUCUCUACCUCAGCAGACAUAUGGUCCCUUGGGUGCAUUGUGUUUCAACUUGUGACGGGUAAAUUGUUGUUUGAUCGUUAUGAUAUUGCUGUUGAUCACCUGGCACAAAUGAUAGAGCUCCUUGGUGCCAUGCCCAAGGAAAUUGCUUGUGGUGGACAUCGUUCUGCUCGCUACUUCCACAGCGAUGGUAGUUUGAAAGCCAAUCGGGUGUCUCAGUCUCGAUCAUUGAUCAAUGAGGUCCGAGAGAUGUAUUCAGAAGAAGAUGCAGAUGAAUUCUGCAAUUUUCUUCUUCCACUCUUGGACUUUGCCCCACAUAAGCGACCCACUGCAGCAGAGGCCCUCCUUCACCCAUGGCUUAAUCCUGGACCUCGUAUUCUUCAGCCAUCUGUAAGAAUGCAGAGACGUGACAAUGGUGCUCCAGAAAAGAAGACAUGA